UGGGCGCCGCGCGCGGCGGCCGCCGUCGGCCGAGGAGGCGGGCGUUCCGGUCCCGCGCCGCCCGCUUCCGGCCGGAGUCGGAAGCCCGUCCCGGAUGGCCUCGGGGACGGCCCGUGCGUGCUGAGCAAGGGGCUCGGCGGCCCCCGCCCGGAUCGGCGGCGCCGCGGCGGCAGCGGGCGACAUGUCGUCGGGCCUCCGCGCCGCCGACUUCCCGCGGUGGAAGCGCCACAUCUCGGAGGAGCUGCGGCGCCGGGACCGGCUGCAGCGGCAGGCGUUCGAGGAGAUCAUCCUGCAGUAUAACAAGUUGCUGGAGAAGUCGGAUCUCCACUCGGUGUUGGCCCAUAAGCUGCAGGCCGACAAACAUGACCUGCCCAACAGACACGACACGAGUCCCGGACAGGACGGAGCACGGAGUGAGAGUCAGCUGCAGGAGAUGGCGCAGCUGCGGAUCAAGCACCAGGAGGAGCUCACCGAGCUGCACAAGAAGCGCGGGGAGCUGGCGCAGCUGGUGAUUGACCUGAACAACCAGAUGCAGCAGAAGGACCGGGAGAUGCAGGCGAACGAGGCCAAGAUCGCCGAGUGCCUGCAGACCAUCUCGGACCUGGAGGGCGAGUGCCUGGAGCUGCGAGGGAAGCUGCAGGACCUGGAGCGCGCCAACCAGACGCUCAAGGACGAGUACGACGCCCUGCAGAUCACCUUCACCGCCCUGGAGGAGAAGCUCCGGAAGACGUCCGAGGAGAACCAGGAGCUGGUCACCCGCUGGAUGGCCGAGAAGGCCCAGGAGGCCAACCGCCUGAACGCUGAGAACGAGAAGGAUUCCAGGAGACGGCAAGCCCGGCUGCAGAAGGAGCUCGCCGAAGCCGCCAAGGAGCCACUGCCGGUUGAACAGGACGACGACAUCGAGGUCAUCGUGGACGAGACCUCCGACCACGCCGAGGACACGUCGCCCGUGCGCACCGUCUCCAGAACGGCCACUAAGCGACUCUCGCAGCCCGCUGGAGGCCUUCUGGACUCUAUCACUAAUAUCUUUGGUCUGUCCGAGCCUCCCCUUUCGGGACAUGAUUCUUCCUCCGGUGCCGCCAGGAGGCGCUCCGUCUCUUCCCUCCCCGCCCCCCAGGACAGCGUGGAGCCCCCGCCUGGGUCUGGGAAAGAAGUGCGGGUGCCAACCACGGCCGUGUGUGUCUUCGACGCUCACGACGGCGAGGUCAACGCAGUGCAGUUCAGCCCGGGGUCCCGGCUCCUGGCCACCGGGGGCAUGGACCGCAGGGUGAAGCUCUGGGAGGUGAUCGGAGAGAAGUGCGAGUUGAAGGGCUCCCUCUCCGGCAGCAACGCGGGCAUCACCAGCAUCGAGUUCGACAGCGCCGGCUCGUACCUCUUAGCUGCUUCCAACGACUUUGCGAGCCGGAUCUGGACCGUGGAUGACUAUCGGUUACGGCACACGCUCACCGGGCACAGUGGCAAGGUGCUCUCGGCCAAGUUCCUGCUGGACAACGCGCGCAUCGUCUCCGGGAGCCACGACCGCACCCUCAAGCUCUGGGACCUCCGCAGCAAAGUCUGCAUCAAGACGGUGUUUGCCGGCUCCAGCUGCAACGACAUCGUCUGCACAGAGCAGUGCGUCAUGAGCGGGCACUUCGACAAGAAGAUCCGGUUCUGGGACAUCAGGUCGGAGAGCAUCGUGCGGGAGAUGGAGCUGCUGGGCCGGGUCACCGCCCUGGACCUGAACCCCGAGCGGACGGAGCUGCUCAGCUGCUCCCGGGACGACCUGCUCAAGAUCGUCGACCUGCGCGUCAACGCCGUGCGCCAGACCUUCAGUGCUCCCGGGUUCAAGUGCGGCUCAGACUGGACGCGCGUGGUGUUCAGCCCCGACGGCAGCUAUGUGGCGGCGGGCUCGGCCGAGGGCGCCCUGUACGUGUGGAGCGUGCUCUCGGGGAAGGUGGAGAAGGUUCUCGCCAAGCACCACAGCUCGUCCAUCAACGCCGUGGCCUGGGCCCCCUCGGGCGCCAACGUGGUCAGUGUGGACAAGGGCAGCAAGGCCGUGCUGUGGUCGGACUACUGACGCCCUGGGGGCGCGGGGGGCCGAGGAGAGGCACCCGCCCCAGCGGAUACACUACUGGCUCUGUCUUCCAUACCUCAGCGGGGGCACCCGCUCCCCCCUGGAUGCCAGUGCCAAAGGCUCCCCUUCCCGCCCGGGCACCCCGGGACUCGGGUGCGUCUCCCGACAAGCUCCUGCUCCUUCUCCGAGCUUCCCCGCCCAGCCCCAACCCUGCAGCUCGCGGGGAGAAGCAGUGCGCACCCCUCCCCAGAGAUGCGGGCGCUGCCCCGAGACCCUCCCCGGGGGCCGGUGACAAGGACCCUGGCCCUGAAUGUGCUGCUCGGGGAGCUACAGCGGCCCUGGCCAAGCCUCCGGGCCAUCCCCUCGGUGCUGGGCCCGGAACCCGCGGCGGAAGCGUGCAGGAGCGCAAACCCGCACCCGCUACUUCAGUGUCGCGUCGGGACGCCAGGACUGGUCUCACUUCUCGAUUUGCACUUUAUUGUUUUCCCUCGCUCCCCGGACUCCUGUGGCUCUGGGCGCUCGCGCGGGUGAGGGCGGAAGCCGCACCUUUCCUCAGACAAGGGGUGCCGCCCGCCCUCGUCCCCGGAGGCGCCCGGAGAACUGAGCUGAGGGGGACUGAAGUUCACGGGCCGGGGCGCGUCUCUUAUUUAUUUAAUUACGUUGCCCGACUGAACUUGAUUGUAAAUAAAACAAAUCUGUUCUAUACUUUUCAAA